CGCUGGGGUGGUAGCCCCGCAAGGACUGCCCGGGCAGCGGGUAGGGAGGAGCGCAGAGAACGUCCCAGGGUGAUGUGAGCAGAGCUCAGGAAUGCCUUAUGUGGACCGGCAGAACCGAAUCUGUGGGUUUCUGGAUAUCGAGGACAAUGAGAACAGCGGCAAGUUCCUUCGGAGGUACUUUAUCCUGGACACCCAGGCCAACUGCCUCCUCUGGUACAUGGACAACCCCCAGAACCUGGCAGUUGGGGCAGGAGCUGUUGGAUCUUUGCAGCUGACUUACAUCUCCAAGGUGAGCAUCGCUACCCCAAAGCAGAAACCCAAAACUCCAUUCUGCUUCGUUAUCAAUGCCCUGUCUCAGAGAUAUUUUCUUCAAGCAAAUGACCAGAAAGAUCUGAAGGACUGGGUAGAAGCUUUGAACCAAGCCAGCAAGAUCACCGUUCCCAAAGCUGGCACCCUACCCUUGACCACUGAAGUUCUCAAAAACCUGACAGCUCCUCCCGCCCUAGAGAAGAAGCCGCAGGUGGCCUACAAGACUGAGAUCAUCGGGGGAGUGGUGGUGCAAACUCCCAUCAGCCAGAAUGGUGGGGAUGGGCAGGAAGGGAGUGAGCUGGGGUCCCACGCCUUCCUGCGGAGGUCUCAGAGCUACAUCCCCACGUCAGGCUACCGUCCUUCCGCCGGGCCUCCCCUCAUUAAGAGUGGCUACUGUGUGAAGCAAGGGAAUGUGCGGAAGAGUUGGAAACGGCGUUUCUUUGCCCUCGAUGACUUCACCAUCUGCUACUUCAAGUGCGAGCAGGAUAGAGAGCCCCUGCGCACUAUACCACUCAAGGAUGUUCUCAAGACUCACGAAUGUCUGGUCAAGUCUGGUGAUCUCUUAAUGAGGGACAACCUGUUUGAAAUCAUAACCACCUCCAGGACGUUCUACGUACAGGCGGACAGCCCUGAAGACAUGCACAGCUGGAUCCAGGAGAUCGGAGCAGCUGUCCAGGCCCUCAAGUGCCACCCCAGAGAACCAUCCUUUUCUAGAUCCAUUUCUUUGACUCGACCUGGAAGUUCCAGCCUUGCAAGUGGGUCUAACUCCAUCUUGUCAAGGAGGCGGCCUCCCCCAGCAGAAGAAAAAAGAGCCCUCUGUAAGGCCCCCUCCGUGGCCUCCUCCUGGCAACCCUGGACACCUGUCCCCCAGCCUGGGGAAAAGCUGUUGUCAGCAGAAAACACUGCAGGGGACCCUUUAUUCAUGCCUCACCCCGGGGAGAGCAAUGCCACAGGGGUGCUGGCCAGCUCUCGAGUCAGGCACAGGUCGGAGCCCCAGCACCCCAAGGAGAAGCCAUUUGUGUUCAACCUGGAUGACGAAAACAUACGGACCUCUGACGUGUGACGCGCAGUGCCUCGGCAUGCAGGAGAGGCAGGGCUGUGACUCAUCUUCUCUGCCAUGGUGGAGGACAGAGGCUAAUGGCACUUGCAGUGGAGGCCCCGUCCAUCUGGCUUUGCUUCUGUUAUUAUCGACACGGUUUAUUUAACGGGGGAAAGUUACCAGGUUAGACCCACGUACGCCAUUACUUCUCGAGAGACCUCCUUCCCCCAGGAUCCCUAGUGAGGGGUUAGUUUUAAUACUUCCCGUCUGGAGGAGGUUAGACUCUAGUUUCACUUCUAACCGUUUUCCCCCCCUCUUCUAUAUCUGUUAUUUUCUUGGUUUUAUUUCUGGUCUGUGUAGAGGAUCUCAGGAUACGAACUGGUUUCAUCUGCCCCUGUUGGCUGGCUGAAGCCUGGGGAUCAGGCAGAGGGUGACCACUGGGUGUGGGAGACUCAGGUAACGUCUGGACUGGGAUCCCUCUGAGGGGUGUCAUUAGGCUCUGGCGAGCAAAGCAGGGUGAACUUUGGAGUGUCUACCCAGGCAGUCCCUUCAGGACACCUCCCAGGGGAGCAGAGGGGAUUUCUUGUGAGUCAUGAGGGCUAAUUAAACUGCCACAGUCACUUGUGGGAAUGGCGCUGUCCUCUUGAUGCUCUGUGAUCCCAAAUGCUGCAGGCCCCGGGGGCAGAGCCACCAGUCUGUUUUCUGUCAGGCCCCGAGGAUGGGGUAGUCAGUGUUAAGUGUGAUGACUGCGGAGACAGGAACAGGCGCUUCCGUUGAAACCACGUUGAGUGUGUGUGAUGGUUAAGUGUAGAGCGGUUUCUCUGUAGGUGUGUGUGUGUGGGGGGGUAUGUAUGGUGUGUGCGCAAGUGUACGUGUGUCUGUGUGUUAGAGCAAUCUCUAUCUCAGAGCCUUAGGUUUAUGUAAACGAGCUAUGGAGAGGAGACAGGUGACUCAUUCCAGAGAGCAUCUUUGACCCAUGUUUUCCAGACAGGAGAAUGGUGGUUCUUUGACACGGCGAAUCUUGUGAGUCGCUGUUUCACAGAUGUUUUAGAAUGGGCCAACUUUUGUCCAGUGUUAACUGCUGGUAUAGUGCACCCUGCUGACUGACUUGCUUUUUCAGACUUUAAAUGAAACCAUGCACACAGCGUGGGUGAAACUGAUGAGAUCUGAUAAGAUCACACGCACUCACCAGUGGAGAGACACAGAGACAUGACAAUGAUUCUAUUUUUCAUGGAAUAGAAACUGGGAAUGAAGAAAUUGAAUCAGAGGCUGGAUUGCUGGCUAGGGGUUUCCUGGGUUCUAGAAGAGUUUAGAAGAUUAGAUUUCCACCCAAAAUUUAGGGUGUAGCUCUUUCCAUUGAGCAAGAUACUAUUUCCAGUGCCUUUGGGAGUAUUUGUCUAUCAACCUUAAGUGAAUUGUGUUACCGGAAAAUUAUGGCCAUUUCUUACAGGGAGAGAGGACGUGGCUCAUUCCUAUCGUGUAACUUUAAUCAGAUGGAUAAAUAAACCAUAAUUUAAUUAGAAAUGUGUAGCUUUCUUCUAAGAAGGGGCUAGGAGGCAUUUUUUCUUAAGCCAGCUGCUACUCUUUGUGUCCAUAGUUAAUGCAAAAGCAGAAACAAGCAUAAUACUCCACAGUGUGAGAGGAACUAUGUCCCUUCUAAUGUGACUGUGACCCUGGAUCUGGUGUCACACUGGACUCCUGAGCUCAGUGUGUGGGAGCUGUCCCCCACUUCAAGUUUGGCCUUGUGUUCCUGAUCUGAAAAACCCAAACCACUGGGUCUUUUUCUCUUUUUCUGUUCACAAUCUUGCCUCCCUCCACCCCCUACUUUUUUAAAAAAUAAUCUUUGUGUAUUUUGGUUUUUAUGGAUUGGGGAUUAUUUAUUUAUGAGUGAUCAAGGUUACAGCCUACUUCAAAACCCAGAACCCUUUGUCUUUCUCUAGAAAAUUCUUUGGCCGCUCAGCAGAAUUACUCAAUGUGAGAUGAGGAAGUAAUGAAAAUAAGUCAGUAACUCCUGAAAGGCUUUAAACAUGGCCUGACUCACGGAAAUGAUGUCAUCCUUUGGCGUUUAAAUUGCAAAAUCUAUGUGCCCUUCUCCUAGGGCUAGGCGAUUACUCUACAUCAACUGGUCAUCAUAGAAAGCUGACAGGUUUCAGUGUGUAUUUCGAGAUUGUUUUAGAUUAAACACAAUGAAGUUUGCAUUAUGGAAAUAAAAGGAAAGUACAGAGUUUCCAUGACCCUAACUGGCCAAUAAAAAUAUGGGACUUCCAACUUAGAACAUUGGUAAUAUAGUUUUGGUGUCCUGAAAAUACAGUUAUCUCUGUGAAGCCCCAAAACAUUCAAUUCCCAAGUUUUAUUUCAGAGGUCCUUUUCUGUCUGUAUUUCUGGCCAGUUUUAUAACUAAUUCCCAUCCCCCUUUAAUUUGUGUUUUUGCUGGAGUCUUGAUAUGUAGUCCAGGCUAGCUUCAAACUGGUAAUCCUCCUGCCUCAGCCUCUUGAGUGCUUGGAUUAUAAGCAUGUGCUACCAUCCACCCUACCGAAGAAUUUUAAUGGGAGCCGAAGAUGGUGCCUCAACCUUUAGCUUUCAGUGUACAAAACAAAGCCCUGUGGGGGAGAAGUGGGGCGUGAUGCCGUGUAGGUUUGUGGUUAAACACAGAAUGUGGAUAGUUUAAAAGGGAUUUCUAGUUUGUAAAAGGUACUACAUUGUAUUUGUGGAAUAAAAACAGCUUCUAUUAAGCUUCCGAGGCACAGUUCUUGGUUAGCUGAAGGACUCACCAUCCAUUUUUCUUGAGAGGUUUCAUGGACUUGCUUACCCAAGGUCAGGUGAUGGUAAGAAUAGCAUGCCUUUUUCAUUCCGUGAGGCCGCGGGAGACCACAGCCUGGAGAGGGACCGCUUCCAAGUAGAACGCUGAGCUCCUGAGGACAGGUUUGAGGUCCAGCAUCCUAGUUUACUGGAAGCAAACUGGUUUUAUUCGGUUUCCCCUUUUAAGAAUACACACGUGCUCUCCUCAGGACUAAAAUGACCCUCUAAAUAAGUAGCCGGCCAGUGGUGUGGGUUUGUUUUCAGGGUCAACCAAACAGCCGUCCGGUAGGUGGCAAAAGGCAGCGUCUUGGAAGUUAAGCUUCCCGUGUCACUUCUUUUAACUUUGAUUUUUUUUCCCCUCCAAAAUCUGUUUUCCUCAGUCCCCCGUUCUCUCUGUGUGUUAUUGCCUGUCAGAGUCAAUUACAGUCACUCAUACUAGGUAGGCUUUGAAUAAAGUGAGUAUUUGGCAAAAACACAGCGUGACCCUUGGCGCUCGGUUUAUGAAGGUGUGGCAUGCCCCGUCUGAGCCAGUGUUUGAGCCGUGAAACACCUCCCGCAAGCACUGAGCUUAGCGCAUGGAAACUCCAGCUUCUUGUGUUGUAUGAUCUCCUAAUUGGUAUGUAGCAAAACGUAAUUUUCUAAAACUGUUUGGUUGCUUGUUUUGUAAUAAAAUCAUGUGAAAUAUGAAA